CAAGUGCUGCACUCGCAGUGCGUCCUGCGCGAGGAGGCUUACUUCCUCCUCACCGCCUUCGCCCUCCAAGCCGACCUGGGCGACUUCAAGCGCAACAAGCACUACGGGAAAUAUUUCGAGCCCGAAGCUUAUUUCCCUGCCUGGGUGGUUGCGAAGAGGGGCAAGGAUUACAUCCUGAAGCACGUCCCAAACAUGCACAAAGACCAGUUUGCCCUGACGGCCUCCGAAGCCCACCUCAAGUACAUCAAGGAGGCCGUCCGGCUGGACGACGUGGCCGUGCACUACUACAGGUUGUACAAGGACAAAAGGGAAGUGGAGGCUUCCCUGACGCUGGGGCUGACGACACGGGGCAUCCAGAUCUUCCAGAACUUGGACGAAGAAAAGCAGCUGCUCUACGACUUCCCCUGGACAAACGUGGGGAAGCUGGUGUUCGUGGGCAAGAAGUUUGAGAUCCUGCCGGACGGGCUGCCCUCGGCCAGGAAGCUCAUCUACUACACGGGCUGCCCGCUGCGCUCCCGCCACCUCCUGCACCUGCUCAGCAGCAGCCACCGGCUCUACAUGAACCUGCAGCCCGUCCUGCGCCAGGUCCGCAAGCUGGAGGAGAACGAGGAGAAGAAGCAGUACCGCGAGUCCUACAUCAGCGACACCCUCGACCUGGACAUGGAGCAGCUGGAGAAGCGCUCGCGGGCCAGCGGCAGCGGCGGGCACAAGCGCCUCUCCCGGCACUCCACCGCCAGCCACAGCAGCUCUCACACCUCCGGCAUCGAGACUGACCCCAAACCCCGGGAGAUGGGGCCUGAGGACGGUUUCCCGGGCGCUGGAGCCCACCGCAAACUGACCCACCGCAAACUGAAGCCCUGCAGCUCCAUGCCCAGCCACGGCAGCUCCCACACCUCUGGAGUGGAGAGCGGUGGGAAGGACCGGCUGGAGGAGGACUCCCAGGAUGACGAGAUUGAGAUGCUGGUGGAUGACCCCCGGGAGCUGGAGCAGGCUGGCGAGAUGGAGGUGAGCCCCGACAUGUGUGUCUACAUCACGGAGGACAUGCUGCUGUCGCGCAAGUUCAACGGGCACUCGGGGCUUAUCGUGAAGGAGAUCAGCUCCUCCACCUCCAGCUCCUCAGAGACGGUGGUGAAGCUGCGGGGGCAGAGCACCGACUCCUUACCCCAGACGACGUGCAGGAAACCGAAGACGUCGACGGAUCGGCACAGCCUGAGCCUGGAUGACAUUCGGCUCUACCAGAAGGACUUCUUGCAGUUGGCCAACCUCUGCCAGGACACGGCGCAGAGCUACACCUUCGGCUGUGCCCACGGGCUGGAGGAGGAAGGGCUCUACUGCAACGGCUGCUUGGCCCAGCAGUGCAUCAACAUCCAGGAGACCUUCCCCGUCAAAAGAACCAGCAAAUACUUCUCCUUGGAUCUCACCCACGACGAAGUCCCCGAGUUCGUGGUCUGA